AUGAGCGACCUGAGCGACCUGAGCGACGAGAGUGUAAACGAGAGCUACCCCGAUGGAAGCAUUCUUCGAGGCCGCGAAGGCUUUGAGAUCGAAUUUCUUUCCUUCCGAUUCCGCUUGGAAACGCUCAUCUGGAAGAGACCCGACAGCGGACUCAACGAACGAGUGGGUCUUUUUAGGGCAGAGGAGCUUUCAAUCUCAAUUCGAAUGAAGUUCAUGGUACAGCUUAAAAUCGAGUGCGCAUCUUCCCAGCCCAGCUCAAUCUUCUUGCAUCUGUUCAGAUAUGAGACCGACGUCUUCGACAAUCUGACGGAAUCCGGAUACACUCCUGGGUUCAUCACGCGGGCGUUCCUAAUCCAGGAUGACACUUAUGCGUAUCCCGGUGGCUGUCUCCAUGUUUACGUUUUGGAUGAUUAUCCCCUCCUGGAUCUGUAUGAUGCCUGCAGGUUUCUGAUCAAGGAGGAUCUGUAUCCACUGGAGAAGCACUUCUAUAAUAUGCAGAAGUAUUUCGAUAAGUAUGGUAUCGUGUCCAGGGGUUAUAUGACGAUGUACAAGUUUCAUGUGGAGAAGAAGGCGUGA